AUGUCUCAGUAUCCGGAGCAGUGCACAUCACGUAUUGAGACAUCACUGCCACCCGUUUGGAAGCGGAGUUAUACGGCACACCAUUCAGAAGAUGAUGACUCUUCUUCCGACGGACCCGAACCCCUCAUUCACCAUCCCCGUCACCGUCACCGUCACCGUCAUCGUGCCCGAGAGAGACACUCCGAAACCCCAAACCGCCAUGAUGUUGAUUGCAGCCGUACGAGAGUCAUCUCUCGACCGCCCCCGCCUUUGCCACCCAGGGCCCGCCAGCGAGAAUCGCAUAUCUCAUAUCCAGCCGCGCCGAUUCAUGCAGGCGUGAAAAUCGUUAGAGCAAGGGUCGCAAGAGCCAAGUCACCCGAGGUUGGGACCCAUGAGGAACGUUUCGAGCUCAGCGAGGAUGCCGUGAUUAAGGAAAGUUCCACAAGUAUCGACUAUGAUUACGAUAUCGACCGCAGUAGUGAGUCCCAAAGCUCGGUUGAACUCUACAAAAGGCCGGUCUACAGCGAGGCCACGUACAGCGAUUCCGACGAUGAGUAUCACUGUGACAUCUUUUAUUCUUUCGGUGAUUCGAUCAACAGUGGGGGCCGCCGGGGUUCUCAACUGGACGGCGCGAGCAUCUCCGACAUUGAGUCCACCGUGAUCCCGGAUGAGGGAAACGAAGACAGCCCCGACCUCGCGGAGCGUGGUGCCGCUGCCUAUCAUAUUCUUGAAUCACAGUACGCCGGUGACGGGUACGAGGCGGGUCAUCACUCGGUCCAGUUGACGGCCGUCUUAAGCGAGCGGGCCCCUGUAUCGCAGUCCUUGUAUCGGUGGAUAGAUAAGAACGAACUUCAAAAAGUUAUCAUGGGUGUAAAAAGGGACCAUGCCAAGACUGUGCAGGCAUCGGAUGGGAAAUACGCUCGCUACUUGGAGCCGAAGCUUCGCCACGAACCCCUGAUGCAGGAUGGUAAACCCGUUGGGUCUCGAGCAGUGACGUGGGUUUCACUGCCAUACUUCUCCUUGGAGCCUUAUUCCGGACUCCUGGACACGGCCAACAGCCCCAAGUCCCUUGCCACCCCAACCUUGCUUCAGGCGAGGUACUCACGGACAACACGCGUCAGGGACAUGGAGCAGGCUGUGUGCCAACAAGGCGGGGCUCCGAAGGGGCACUGUUUUCACGUUUCCCAGCUCUGGUGUCUUGUGCUUGACAACUCGUUGCUCCUCACAUACGGGCGCAUUACAGAGGAGGCCCUCUGUGGGGGGGUUAUUAGCAAGACAGUACUACCCUUGCACAACCCCCCUGACCCGAUGCCGAGCAAGGCAUUGUCAGUCCGAUAUCGAGGUUCCGUAAUCUGGUCCAUUCCCGUCAAGGAGUGCGAAACAUGGUUUGUAGGUCGCUACGCCGUGCUAUCAUGCGACGUUACAACAAUCUUAACGACGAACUGCAGGGGUCCUUUCGCACCACCACCAACCCACGCUUCGGUGCUCCUAUCGGAGAAAGACGAGGGCGCUCCUGGAGCCCCAUUGAACAAAUCACUUUCUGCGACGCUCUCACCAAAUCAUGACAACCAAACCCCGAGUGAUUCGGCAAUGUCCCCCGUGCCGACGGGAACUCAGUUUUCAUGCGGGAUCUUUGCUUAUUCGGAGUGCUUCGACAACAUCGAUCCGAGUCUAGCUAACCCACCGGCCCCAGCAAUAUCCUCUUCGUCAUCGUCGCCAAAGCCCCCUCCAUCCUUCAGAAAUGUUGCCGUGAUCAAGUAUUUCGCGGACAUGGAGCGGCACAUUGAUACUCGGACCAUCCCAGAGGACCGACGUGCCUACCGGGAUACCGCCAAGGUUCAACGUGCGGAUGUUUACAAGUUCCUCGUCACCAAGAAGGCAACCCUGGCUUCCGCGACCACAACUUCGAAUAGCAAACGAGAUUUUGAAAAGCGUGUCAGUGUGUUUAACUCCGCUGACAUUGUGUUCAACUUCUUCUUCCCUGCGGGUGUACGGGUUUCGACGAUCCGGAAGUUUUGGGGCGCCGUCAUGGCUAUCGUCGAUGAAUCCGACAUUGUCACGAAGCACUCGGACCGGAGAAUCGAGCACAAGCUGGGCCUGUUGCAGCAGGAGCUGUCCAUCAUUGACUGGACGGUGGAGUUGCAGCGAAACAUCCUCAGCAAGAUGGUGACCACCAGAGAGAGCGUCACCAGGAGUGUCGACGCCCAGUUCUGUGACGAGAAGGAGACGGUCCGUCGACCGACAUUUCCAUGGUUGGCUCACCGCCUGACACCCCGGCACCCUACGAUGGCGGCCAUGGCCGAGGGCAUUCUCGAAUCGAACCAGCCCUGUGGAUUCAGUUAUAUGCUGCUUGGCGAGGGCCUUCGGGAGCUUGCCGUGAAGCGAAACGAGUUAAAGCUGAUGGGUGAUCUGGUGGCCCAUCUAGCGGAGACGAACCGCAACCAAAUCGACUACACCAAAGACCGCCAAGAGCGCGCCAUCUACGCCUUCACCAUCGUCACCGUCAUCUUCCUCCCCCUCUCCGCCGUCGCCUCCAUCUUCGGCAUGAACUCGUCUGAUGUGCGGGACAUGGACCUUGGUCAGUGGGCCUACUGGGCCACCGCCGUACCCGUGACGGCGCUCGUUGUGUUUUUGGGGCUGUUGUUCACCGGUGAGCUGGGGACGGUGGCGCGUUGGAUGGGGGAUAUAUUUGGGGGCGGUGGGGUUGGUGGCCGGGGUGCGAGGAAGGGGAGGUGGUUGGGGAAUGGGGAGGAUGGGUGGCUGUGGGAGAGGGGCGAUGGGACGGUGGAGGUUGUUCAGGAGGGGUUUCGGGAGGAUGAUGAAUGGGAGCGUGUCGGGAGGAGGGAGAAGGCGGCUAGAAAAGUUCGGGGGGGGAGGAGAAGAAGGAGGUAA